AUGAUACAAGAAUCUCAGAGCUCUGUAAAAGAUGAAGAUUUCAAUAUUGAUUUCUUGGAAGGUGACAUUUUCUUGAGUAUUGGGAACAAUAGCGAAAGUCUCAAGAAGAAGGUGUUAUUUCUGAUUUCUUCAAUGGAGUGCUUUCUUAGAAUCGACAUCUAUCAAUCUGCAUAUCCAAUGGUUAAGUUGGCAGAAAUUUUGGGGUCAGUCUCCUUCUACAAGAAAGCAAUGAAGAUUGCAUCAGCAGGAUUACAGAAAAUUUCUUUGAUUUCUGAAGGAUUGGAGGAGAAUGGGUUUCAUUAUGAGGAGCGUAAGAAACUGGAACUGUUGAUCCAAGAGUCAAGGACCAUCGUUGAUUCCAAGACUCGCCUUCCUUGUCCUGUAAGCAAUUGUGAAGAAGAAGUAGGAGUAAUCAGGACAAGAUUUUAUGAUCUCCUUGAAUCACUGAAGGAGUCUUGGAAGGAGUCGAACGCAGACAUCAAAAGGAGUUUCAUGAGAGUAAGCACUCAAGAAUUUAGAGUUUAUGUGAAGAUCCGAUUUGGUGAAGAAGGAGAAGAUGCUUUGGAGCAAGUUCUUACUCACGCAAAGAAAAACGAAAGGUGGAAGUUCUGGCUAUGUAGAAGUUGUCCGAAGAAGUUCUCUACUUCCGAAGAAUGUUCGAGUCAUCUUGUUCAAGAACAUGGUGCAGAAUUUAAACCGUCUUCGAGAAAUGAUUUGGCCCAGAGGGUAAGUGACAUCUGGGCUGGCAAGGUAUCGGUUGGAGUUUGGAAACCAGUGGAUGCAGAAGCUGCGGUUCAAAUGAUCAAGACAGAUGCGAAAGUGUUCAAAUACCAAGAUGGAUGGUGCAAAGAGUGGCCUUUAGCUGAAGAUGAAGAGCGCAGUAGAGUACUCAAUGGAAUCCGAUCGCUCCUUGUUUCGUUUUGUGACCAGAAAAUCCUCUCAGAACGCAUACGAGACAGGAUGAUGCAUGCUGUGGCCAAGAGACUCGAUGAUCUUGACGUUUCCAAACAAACUCUUACCGAUUGUCGCCUUUUGGAAACACCUAACAGUAUCUGUUUUCUGAAAUGUGAUGAACUCAGUCAAAUCUUCGACUUGCUAAGUGGCGUCAAGUGUAAGAGGCACGAUGGCAUAGAUUUAGUCUGCAGCGCGGUGGACAGUUUCUGUGGAGGUACACGAGUGAGAGAAAAGAUUGAUUUUGACUUGAAGUUUUCAUAUAUGCUUCUGGAUAAAAGGCUUUUACAAGGGAAUCUUGAUGGGCGUUCCAAUGAUGAAGGGAAAAUCAGUUUUACUUCUGAUCCCAGUGUUCACUGUGCCAAAGCUCGUCCUGGUGGAGAUGCUUUCUUGUCCUGGUUAGCCGAUAACUCUUCAGGAGGAGAUGAGAGAUUUCAGUUUCCCAGAAAUAUCAAGGCACACAAUCUGGAUAUUUGGAAGGCUGCUCUGAGAGCCAUUCAGUUCACGUGUAGAACUUUGGGAACCAAAUAUGCAAAGAAAAUGCAGUUACUUGGUUAUGGUGCAGCCCUUAAUGACGCCAAGGAGUUGUGUAUUAGAAGCAAUCUUCAGGAAGGUGAACAGAAAUCUCUCCUACGCCGUAGAUGUGAAGAGAGUGACGCUGGAAAUUUGUUCUUGUGUGCAGUAGAAGAUGUUCUCAGAGGAGCAAAGCGUCCUACAUUUGAUUUAGCAAAGCGUUCUACCACACAUGAUGAUAGUGACAAGUCAGUGAUGAACUCCAUACAACUUCUGGAAUCAGAGGUCAACAAGAAGGUUACUCAAAUGGAUUCAAAGAUUUUGGUGAUUGAGAAGUCAAGGAUUGAUUUGCUCAAGGACCUCACCAGACUUUGUGUUUUUGACUACAGAUGGUUUAUACAUCCACCACUUAAAGAAUAUGUGCUUGGUCAGAUGGCAAAUAGGUUUAUUAGACAUCCAUAA